AUGAAGCGCAAACGUCCCUCUGUCGAGGACUCUGGUAGGGAACUACCAAAGGCAAAAACACAAAUUGAAAAGAACCCGGAUCUUCCCCUCAGCGUUAGCGAACUGGUUGAAAUCCACGAGCUUGUCCGGAAAAACAACGCCGAGACGAAGCCAAAGCGGCGAUUGCGAACGACCGACUUCCUAAACGAGGCCUUCUGCACGAUUGCAUUGGAGGCUAAGAAUAACCCGGUAAAAGCGGGUGUGGUUUUGAAAUUUUUUCGCGAAUUCCUCGCCCUACACGGCAAUCUUCCCCGUGGGGAGACGCUCGCGCGGGUGCUCUACGCUUGGUUAGGCUGCACCGCGCUGCAGGCGAGUGGGGAGGCGCUCAUCCAGGCGAUUCUCGCGAGCCGAUCGCAGCUGCCGGAGGUGUUCGCCACCACCUUUGACGAUCGUGUGGCAACCGUCGUGCUGCGUUUUUUAGUUCAAUCCACGACGCAACCCGAUACGGCGAAACUCCUCGAGGUCGUUCAACUUCUUCCCACGGGUUCGCUCAAGCGACGGGUCUUCUCGCCACUGCUUUCGUACGCCCGGGAGCGGGCGGAUCUGGGUUUUGCCUUAGGAGUCCUUGCCCAGGCGAACGAAAGCGCGAUCGAGCUAUGGGAUGAGGACUUUCACGACCUCUUGAUGACGAUUUCGAACUGCCGUAAACAGGGAUCCAUCGCGGGCGGCGAGAUGCGUGUGGCCGUCGAGAAGGUGCUUGAGACGAUGGAGAAAUAUCACCCGGUAACCGGCUCCGGCAAUGCGGAGCUCAUUAAAGAAAUCCUCGGCGGCAAGGAGGUCUCCAUCGUGGAGAGCGGCACCGGGGGGAUCUGCAGUGGCUGCGAGGCCGCCUUGGCGACCUUCGACCUCACCGAAGACGAGCGUCGCGGUCUUUUGGAGGAUAUUUUGGAGUGGCUGAUUAAACCACGGCUCGGCAUCGCCACCCACUACGAGCCGGAGAAAAUCGUCACCGCGGCGGAUCAAGAAGCGCGUUUGGCGGAAUUCACGCGCUUUCAAGAUCAGCUCGCCGGGAUUUCGUACGAUACGGUGAUUGACGGCGCGAAUGUUGGCUAUCACGGCCUCAAUAGCUGGUACGCCGAGUCGAAGGAGAGUCUGCUGCGGCGGCAAGGUCGGGAUCCGAACGAAGUCCCGCUUUUCCAACGCCGCUGCCCACCCCAGCCGGUGGACGUCGCACCGAAAUUUCCCCUCAUCGAGGACCUCCGCCAGGUGCUUUUAAAUCAAGGAAGGAAACCGCUUAUCGUGUUGCAUCGGCGGCAUCUUCCGGAGCUGGAAGUGGCGAACGCGGAGGUUUUUCGGAUCUGGACGGAGCAGCACGCGAUACUGGCGAGCCCGUCGUUUUUAAACGACGACUUCUGCUGGUUGUACGCCGCGGUGCGACGGCCGAACACCUGGAUCGUUUCAAACGAUCAGAUGCGAGAUCACCACUUCUCCAUCCUCCGCCCGCGUUUUUUCCUGCGCUGGCGGCAACGCCAUCGAAUCACCUACACCGUUUUCUUCCACCCCCACACGCGAUCGACAUCGUUGGUGGUUCACACGCCCCGGCCGUACUCCGUUUGGGUGCAAUCCGCCCUCGCGAAGACGGCGAAGACGACAAGGCGUUGGCAUCUUCCUUUUAUCGCCACGAUUCCGAUUUUAAAACAGGCAACGAACCACCCCGCGGCGACGGAAGGGGAGGUGGGGCUUCACAAAGACGGGGAUGACUUCUGCAACGCGUGGCUUUGCACGGCGGCGGCAGAGGAAGGGGGGGGGUUGUAG